AUGGCGACACCUGCCAUCGCAGAUAUGACAGGCGGUCAGUACGACGUCCUUGGCUUUGACCCGCGUGGCAUUGGCAAAUCGCGCCACCUUCGCUGCUCCAAGAACCGGUUCACGGCAGCCAUUGAAGGUGCGGCACUCGACAACGCCGACCUGGUCGGCACCUCGGAGUCUGCAAUCGACGCCUUCGUCGCCAACAACUAUGCGCUGCCGAUCGCGCGCUGCCACCUCUACGACGGCGACUACCUUCCGUACCUCUCGACCGCGUUUGUUGCGCGGGACAUGGACCUCAUUCGCGCCGCACUCGGCCAAGACCUCAUGCACUACUACGGCAUUUCGUACGGCACGUUCCUCGGGGCGACAUACGUCAACAUGUUUCCGAACCGUGUCGGCCGCGUCGUGAUCGACUCGGUCUUGGAUCCGGAAGUGUACACUGGCCCCGUCACAAACCUGCUUUUGCGUUCGCCGCGGGCCCACCUGCAUUGCCCACUCGCGGACGCCAACGCGACGCGCCCGUACCUCAUGAAGCGCCUCCAGGCCUUUCUGGCAGCGGUCGAGACCAAGCCGCUGCUUUUCAAGGGCGGCGACGACGUGGUGCGCGUGACGGCGAAGGAGAUUCGACAAAAUAUCUUUGGCUCCAUGUACUCUCCGCAUGCUGCGUGGCCGCCGCUGGCGGCUACCCUCCACGCGAUGCUCAACGGAACAUACGAGUCCCCGAGCACCAACUCGAGCUGCGCGACACUGGACGCAGACCUCGAUGUCGGCAUGGCGACGAUCGCGUACGUUGGUAACGACGGCGCGCCGUCCAAGGGCCUCAACUGGACCGCGACGGUCCACGCAGCGCAGAAACUCGUGCCGCUCUCGGGCCUCGUUGGCUUUGUCAACUUGGUCGCUGUGAAAGCGUGGACGACCCGCCCCGUCGAGCGCUUCACGGGCCCGUGGACGCACAAGUUGGCCAACAAGGUGCUCGUCUUGACCAACCAAGUGGACCCGGCGACGCCGAUGCUGAGUGCGCAAAAUGUACACCGCCUUUUGGGCGGCGACAAUGCGGUACUUGUGACGCGCGAGGGGUAUGGCCACGGCGCGCUCUUCAGUCAGCCGAGCACGUGCGUCCACAAGCUCGUGGCGGCCUACUACUCCAACGGGACGCUGCCGUCGACGACGUUUUGUACGAUUGACGCGACGCCGUUCGGCCCCGCGUCGCGCCUUUCGGAUGCGAUGCAUGCAAUGAUGAGGCUCUCGACGAGCAUCGCCAAGCCAGCGCGGAUGUACUAUUAA